UGACAGUGUGGCACUUCCUCUCACCCUCCUGGGCUUGGAAAUGUGUGGAUACUGUGCUGAGGGCUGAGAACACCUGCCCGGGCUGGACACCCAAGGCCAGACUGUUAGAACUGUCUCCCUUUGGGUGCCUCACUCCUGGGUAGGGGUUGUGGAGAGGCAGGAAGGGCCUCUGUAAAAAGAGGAACCAGGCUGGGUGAGGAGAGGAGAAGGUGGGGCCCCAGGGUCACGCGGCCCCAACGGGCGGAAAGGGCUCUCCCUCACCCCCAUCAGCACAGACACCCAGGCAGGGGGUGUUCCAAACCAGAGAGCAGACUCAGACAACGUAAGAGGAGGCAGCUUACCUGCCUCAGUUUACCCCCCUGCGUGCAUCCAGGCACCUUCCUCCCUGGCUGCCCUCGGGCCGGGAUCCCCAGAGGCUCAGGGUCCCUCCAGUGCCUGGGGGAGCGGAAGGCAAGGGGUCUUGAGGGGUGGCGGGCCGAGUCCUGACAGCGCCAGCUGGGGGCGGGGCCGGGAGGGCUGAGCUGCGAGGUCUCCGCCCGCUGGUUUCCUCCGGGGUCAGCCCGGCUCCUUAUCAGGCGCGGCCAGGCAGCCAGGCCCUUAUCUGCACUGGGCCAGCAUCCUCCGGCCGCUGCGCCGCCAGGGGUGAGAGGGAGGAAACCGGGCCGCCGGGGGCGGGGAGAGAGGGCGGUCCCGCCAGGAGCUGCUCAGUUUCCCUGGGGGGGCCUACGCGGAGACCUCAGCCAUCCUGGCCCUCCGAGGCCCACGAGGAGGCGCGGCCCAACGCCCGGGCCUGGAGCGUUGAGGCCGGACCGGAGCGGGACAGCAGAGCCUGGCCUGACGCUGGAAACCACAUCCUGGCCCAGACUGCCAGCCCUGACGGGACAGAGCCAGGGUGCUCACCAGGCUGCGGAAACAGUGCUGGGCAGGGACCCACUAGUGAGGGGCCAGACCUGCUUCCGCAGGGCCUAGCUGAGGAAGACAGGGCAGAGGGGCCAAGAGUCUCACACCUUGCUGGGACAUCCUGGACUCUGGAACCAACAGCCAACAGGGAUGUCAAAACAGAGUGCAAACGUGAAUGGCAAGUACCCCCACGUCGGGGUCCAUGUGCCCGCCUCAGGCACAGGCAGAGGUGGGCCCCACCAUGACUGAGAAGGCAGAGAUGGUGUGUGUCCCCAGCCCAGCACCCACCCCACUCCCUAAGCCUGCCUCGCCUGGGUCCCCACAGGCAGAGGAGGUGGGCCACGGAGGAGGCUCCUCCCCACCUAGGCUGCCACCUGGUGUGCCGGUGAUUAGCCUGGGCCACAGCAGGCCCCCGGGGGCAGCCAUGCCCACCACAGAGCUGGGCAUCCUGCGGCCCCCACUGCUGCAACUCUCCACCCUGGGACCUGCCCCACCCACUUUGGCCCUGCACUACCACCCUCACCCCUUCCUCAACAGUGUCUACAUUGGGCCAGCAGGACCUUUCAGCAUCUUCCCUAGCAGCCGGCUGAAGCGAAGACCAAGCCACUGUGAGCUGGACCUGGCUGAGGGGCACCAGCCCCAGAAGGUUGCCCGGCGCGUGUUCACCAAUAGCCGGGAGCGCUGGCGGCAGCAGAACGUAAACGGUGCCUUCGCCGAGCUGAGGAAGCUGCUGCCGACGCACCCGCCCGACCGGAAGCUGAGCAAGAACGAGGUGCUCCGCCUCGCCAUGAAGUACAUCGGCUUCCUGGUGCGGCUGCUGCGCGACCAAGCAGCAGCUCUGGCCGCAGGCCCCACCCCGCCGGCGCCCCGCAAACGGCCGGUGCACCGGGUCCCAGACGACGGCGCCCGCCGGGGAUCUGGACGCAGGGCUGAGGCGGCAGCACGCUCGCAGCCCGCGCCCCUAGCCGGCCCCGACGGCAGCCCCGGUGGGACGGCACGGCCCAUCAAGAUGGAGCAAGCCGCUUUGAGCCCAGAGGUGCGGUGACCCCACGCGGCUGCGCCUCUGAGCCGGAGGGCACCAGGGACUCGGCCCAGGGCCGUCGAGGAAAGGGCAGAGGAUGUGCUGCGCGUGCUCGGGAGCAAACGCCCCCGGAGAAGGACCAGUGAAGACGUCAGGGGCAAGGUCUGGGGGUCCGGAAAGGUGAUCAUGUCCCGCAGGGGAUCCACAGACCCGUAAAUAAUUCCCUACCACCCUCUGGAAGGGCCUUGCCCGGGUCCUCUUCCCAGGGGCGAGGUCGGCAAACUAACAUGCCAGAGCAGUCAUAGGAUCCAAGUGGUGCCUCAUUUUUUUUCCGGGCUGGGGUCGCGGGGGGAAGCCAGGAGGGGCUGGGGAGCCUUCGCUUUUCUCACUGUCGGCCCCUCCUGGAGACCCAGGGACAGACGCUCGUCGAGACGGUGUCUGCUGAGCUCCCGGCGCUAGUAGGGAGGCGCAGAAUUUACGUCGGGGAGGCACCCUACCGACUCCGACCCGGUCCCCUCACGGUCGCAUUAGCGAAGGGUCAGGCGCUCUUACGUUUGUUUUUCUUUAUUUCUUUAUUUCACAUACACAUUAGCCAUUCAAUGGAGAAGCCGGAGAGAGUCAGGCAAAGAUGGUAUAACAGAAGCGCAGUGACGGGGGCGGGGCAGGGCGGGGCGGGGCGGAGAGGGAACAGACGGGCUGGCUGCCUACUUGCAUUCCGCUAGGACACUGAAAACCCAGAAAACAAAACAGACAGUAAACUACCCUUGUUUCUUAUGUAUCUCAGUGCAGAGACGGGGGUGGAGGGCAGAGAAAAGGGGAGACCAGGCUGAAGGGGGAGGAGCAGAGGGAGGGGGACGCUAAGGGGGAAGCACACCAAAUCCAUUAGUACUAUAUAUAGAGAUACUCGUAUAUACUGCGUUUCUUAGCCUAAGAAGAAACUUGUUUGACGGGACGGGCGGCCUUUGCGGUCCGCGAUGCUGGUGCUGGUCGGGCGCACGGAUCUCCCGGGAGGGGCCGAAGCGGGGCUGGCCCAGGCUGGCUUGCGGGGGAGGGGGGGCGCCCCAGGGUGGGUGGGAUGGGGGAAGCAGAGGCGGGGCUGGGGUGCCCCUCGGGCUCUCGAUUGGGGGACGAAAGUUCUCGUGACUUUAUUGCUCCUUUAUUUUCUCUCGUGUGGGGGGUCUGUUCAGCACGGUCGGGGUGGGGGAGUGGUGGGUCGUCUGAGCCACCCGGCCCCUCUGGGACCCAGAGCGCGGCGUCCGCUCCGCCAGCACGGGGGUGAGAACAAGGCACUAGGUCGGCCGGCCAGCGCGGGGGCGGGUGUGUAAGGCAGUCGACAGGGCUGGUUGCGGGGUGGGGCGGGGCUGUGUGCGGGGCCGUGUGCGUGCGUGCGUGCGGGCGCGGGCCUGGGCAAAUCGACCUGUCAGUGUGGCUGGUCCUGUCCUGGAGCGUCGAGCCUUCCCGGUGUUCCCCGGACGGGGUCGGGGAUAGGAGGAGAGAUGUUGAAUGGGUGGGGGGCGCCGGGAAAGGGGGGAGGAAACUACCAACUUGCUGAGCGCGCUCCUGAUAAUGCUGGUGAGGGUCAAGUUGGCGUCUGGCUCAAAGAAGGGCGCUCGGGGAGGAGAGGGAGGGAGGGAGGGGACGUUUGUUCGUUGACAUUGACCUCUGCAGGGGAGGGGCCGGGGACCCCUGCCGCGCCCCUGUGCCCGGACGGGGAUGGGGCGAGGAGGGGGUGCUGGGCCCCAGGGAGGGGCGCCCGGGGAGACCCGCGGCCAGAGCAGUCCAGCCGCUGGGCGCACGCCGCUGUCCCGUUCCGUUAAACUCAACAAAGAAGGGAUAUGCGUAUUCCUAACAAGUGCAGGAUAUUUAAUUGAUUCAUAAACUUAGGUAUAAUAGUUUGUGGGUUCUUUAAAACGUAUUUUAUAAUGUAAGAAGCACCAGGGUUUUUAUGUUUAAUUAUCUUAAAAAUAAUUUUUCUCUCGUCCUUUUCCUUUUUGAUCUUGUGUUGGUUGAUUUUUCAAAUGUCGAGGUGUUUUUUUUUUUUUAACUCUAAAAUGUGAACGUUGCCUUCAGCCCUCCCACCGAAACUGAGAACGAACGACGAAACAAAUAAAAACCCCAGAUCAUCCUCGUCAACGCAGGAAAACGACUU